CUUUUCCAUUCCAACGCCCAUGUCCUCUGCCGUAGUCAGCGUUGUCGCACCCUGCGGCACCUCGUCGUCGACUUGUGGAUACUGUUCACCUCCUGGCGAACGCAGUGCUGCAUCAACGAGCAGACGCUCCGCAACUUUAUCGGCGUUGCAGCUGUCCUGCUCAGUGUACCUGGAUAUGAUUGACCGUGGCUGGCGCAGAUCAGGAACGUACUGCUACAAACCAGACAUGAAGAAUUCGUGCUGUCCUCAAUAUCCUAUCAAACUGGAUGCACUUGCUUUCAAGCCUUCAAAGAGUCAGCGUAAACUUGUCAAUCGAUGGAACCGGUUCAUCCUGGAAGGAAAAAAUGAUGACGAGAUGGCUGUAGACAACCAAAAGAUACACCGACCUGCAAAGUCAAAAAACUCAGAUUUCGUGUGGCCCAGCGUCAUACACGCUUCUGAGUCUGGUUUUAUUGAAACGACUCACCACAAAUUUGAGGUCGUUCUCGAACCAUCUUCUUAUUCUGCAGAGAAAUUCGCCUUAUAUGACAAGUACCAGUCUGACAUACACAAUGAUUUUGACAACUCCAGCAUGAGUUUCAAGCGCUUCUUGGUCAACUCGCCACUACGGGGAGAACUCAUUCCUUAUACCACUCCCGCUCCGUUUCAUCUUCCGCCCCGGUACGGAUCGUAUCACCAACUAUACAGACUGGACGGCCAGCUGAUCGCCGUAGCUGUCCUGGAUAUUCUACCUCAUUGUGUAUCGAGCGUGUAUUUCAUGUAUGACAAGACUUGGGAGAAGUUCUCCCUAGGAAAGGUCAGCGCACUUCGCGAGAUUUCCCUGGCCCGUGAAAUCCAUGACGCGGGGGUGCCAUCGAUGAAUUAUCUCUACUUGGGAUACUACAUCCACUCGUGUCAGAAGAUGAGAUACAAGGGGCAAUAUUCUCCCUCGUUCCUCGUUGACCCCGAGACAUAUGAAUGGUAUCCUCUCGAGCAAUGCACUAGGCUCCUUGACACGAACCGAUAUGCCUGUUUUUCAUAUCCGGACCACUCAACCAACGAACCCCCGCCUGCCGGAGGU